AUGAGUGAUCCUGAGGAGAACAGACUGGAGGGAGAGGCUCUCUCCUUCCAGUGCCAUUACAAAGCACAGCCUCACAGCCACAACUCCAAAAUCUUCUGCAAGCUCACAGAAGGACACUGCCAGCCACUGGUCCAGACCACCCUGGAACCAGCAGGCAGGUACAUACACAAGGCAAGCGCAGGAAGAUUCAGCAUAGGGGACAACACCACCGAGGGGGUGGUAACCCUCACCAUUGAGGAGCUCACGGAGCAGGACUCGGGACAGUACAUGUGCGUGCGGUCUGCUGACUCUGGCAUGCUGCUUCUCAUGAAAAUAAUCACACUGAAUGUUUUCAAAGUGGUCCAAAACCACUCUGUUACAGAGCUGCAAAGUCUCUCCAUCAUGUGUCCCUACAAUGUUCAGAACUACAGCAAUGUACAGAAAGCCUGGUGUCAAAGAAAAGAGGAAGACGAAUGUGACGUGCUGGUCAGUACUUACUACUACUUAUCAGCAUAUCAAAACAAGGUUCGUUUUUGGAAAAGCACCAUCUCUGACAACACGCAGAAGGGGAUGGUCACCAUCACGAUGCAGAAGCUGCAAGCUGAAGACUCUGGAGUGUACUGGUGUGCUCUCCGCGAUAUCAACAAAGCUCAGAAAGGAAGAUACAGCCUAAAGGAUGACACCCAGAGGGGACUUCUCAACAUCACCGUGGAGAGAGUCACGGUACAAGAUGCUGGGAAGUACUGGUGUGCCAUUUCCUAUAACCUGCAUCUCUUCCGAAUAAUGGAAAUCCAGCUGCUUGUUUUGCCAAGUGAAGCUCCAAACAUCCUUCCUCCUGCUUAUGCAAAUAUUUCCUUUAACUCCGCGGAAACAACCCCCCUCAGCAAGGCGGAAGGGCUGCAGUGGAACAGGUUGCAGAUCAUCCUGUGGUUGGUCAUUGGAGUCGUGAGCAACAAGACCCUGGCGGUGGUGAUCCUAGUGUUCCUCACGAGAAGGAGGAACUCCAGGAAGGAGUGUCCGUACACGAAACAGGCCAGCUUCCCUUUGCUCAAAGCCUGGUGCCGAAUGACUAAUGGAGAAUGUGAUGUCUUAGCAGAGACGUACUACACAUAUCGUGGCACGUACGCAGAGCAGGACACACGUGCCAGAGUUACCAUACGUGACAACACCGAAAACGGGACCGUUUUCAUCACCAUGCGCAACCUCCAGGUACAGGACUCAGGCACGUACUCUUGUGCUUACCAUCAAAGCACCAACACAUACUUUCUACUGAAGAUCAUCUCGCUGCACGUGUUCAAGGAGAUCCGUGUGCAGGAGCUGGGGUCGCUCACUGUGCAGUGCCCUUACAGCACCCCGCCGUCCAGCACGAGAAAAGCCUGGUGCCGGCAGGAAGGCAGCACCCCGUGCAAAACCCUGGUCAGCAUAAAUGACUCUUCGACACAGAGCUACAGCAAAGCCCCACAACACAGAACCACAAUGCGGGACAACACAGGGUACAAGACUGUUACCAUCACGAUGGAGAAGCUGCAGGAAUGGGACUCCGGCGUGUACUGGUGUGUGCUCGAUGCAGCCGCCCGCCGCACCUGGGCACUGGAAGUCAGGCUCACCGUGUCCAAGAGCACGCAGCGGUACACAGCCACGGAGUCCGGCUCGCUCUUGGUGCAGUGCCCGUACAACUACAAAUACAGGGCAGUGCCAAAAGCCUGGUGCAAGGUGGGAGCAGGGGAGGAGUGCGUCGUGCUGGCCCACACGGAUCAGCAGCCCCCAAGACAUGGCGGGACGGCGCAACCAGGCACAGCCACCAUCCAGGACGGCCUCUGGACAUACACUGUCACGGUCACCCUGACGCAGCUGCGCGCACAGGACUCCGGCGUGUACUGGUGUGCGCUCUACGAGCCCCCUCAGCUGUUCCGCAUCCUGGAGGUCACACUCCAUGUUCCCAAGGACACAAGCCAACCACCUCCUUGCACCGAUGAUGCCAGCUUCACAACACCUGCACCGCCAGAACGAUCCACUGCAAGCAUCUUCAUCCUCCUCUACGUGGUCCUGGCCAUCCUGCUCAUCCUGCCUCUUAUCAGCGUGGUAACACUGUGCAUCAAGAAGCGCAGGCAGCUGAGACGAGGUAACAGACAAGCACAAGACAUCUACGACAAACCAGAGGACACAGAACAGUUUCAGACCACUGAACGAAUGGGAAGUCCCAGGAAAGACAGUGAAGAGCUAAAAUACGUCACCCUGAACUUCACAGGCCAGGGCAGCCCUGAGGAACCUCUCUAUGCCAACGUUGGGCUACAGCAGGUUCCCAGGAACUCCAAAGCUGAAACUGUGGAAUACGCGAACAUUGCACUCAAGCAACUACACACGAAUGGCAAAGGAUGAAGCACAGGAGUCAAACAAUCCAGAAAUGGG